AUUUUUCCUCGCUUCAAGACCUUUUGUUAUAGGAUAGGUGGGCUGGUAUAAAAGCUUGGCAGUCCGGAAACGGAUCCUGGGACACAACGUGCGGAGAUGCUGAAGCGAAAGGAACGCGAUGGCGAUGCGGCGUUUGUCUUUGCGAUAAUAUCAACUUGAAUGGUUGAUCACGUGAAGCUUGUCUCGUGAUCAGCGUGGACUCCGCCAUGGCACGCCAACGCCGCCUGUCAGACAUCCCUGACUUUCUCCACACCUCGCCAUUUCUGCCAGUAGGCACUCGAGGUGACAGCCAUGAUCCUAUUCAAAAAGUCCAAGUAAAGCCGAGCCUCGGCCAAAUCAUUCGCUCAAAACACUUCCGCACUGUCGUCGUCUUCAUCGUCAUUGCUCUUGUACUUCUCACAUUGCCAACAAAGAUUCGAAAUUACCACUCCUUUGCCCGUCUCGGAAUCUCCGGCCCAAAGUGCUACUUUACCGAUCCAGUCACAAUACCAAGCAUCCCAGAAGGAGAAGUAGACUGGUCGCAUUUCGCAUACACACAAUACGCCACCACCCCCGAUGCCCUCUGCUCCUCCCUCAUGCUCUUCUCCGCCCUACACCAGCAUUCCAGCCGCGCGGACCGCCUCCUCCUCUACACCCCCGACCUCCUUUCUUCCCCCACCGCUACCCACCUUCUCUCCGUGGCCCAAAAUAUCUACGAAGUAAAACCCGUUCUCGUCGAAAAACAACAUAAAAAUAACGUCCAUUACAUCUGGGCUGAUUCAUAUACGAAGCUGUUGGCGUUUAAUCAGACGCAGUAUAAGAGGCUUAUACACCUUGACUCUGACUCCACGUUAAGGGGGAAUAUUGAUGCAUUGUUCUUUCUUCCGAGUGCCGAGGCGGUUCUGCCGAGGGCGUAUUGGUUGGAGAAGCCGAAACUGAGUUCCCAUAUUAUGGUCUUGCAACCGAGCACUAUGGCGCUUGAGAAGAUUCAGAAGGCGAUUGAGGAGGCGACGAGAGGGACGUAUGAUAUGGAGAUCAUUAAUAGCCUCUUUGGCAACGAAUGCGCGAUCUUGCCACAUCGAGAGUACGCCUUGCUUACUGGAGAAUUUCGCUCUCCGGACCCGAAGCAUAUGGCGUUUGUGGAUGGGAAAGGGGAGUGGGAUCCCGCAAAAGUUAUGCAAGAGGCAAAAUUUGUCCAUUUCUCCGAUUAUCCUUUCCCAAAGCCGUGGGAGGAGACAUCGGCAGAGGAACAGGAAAAGGUGGUUCCAGCGUGUGUUGUUGAUGAGGAGGGGAAGGUUGAUUGUAGGGCAAGGGAUAUUUGGAUUGAGCUGUACAAGGACUUCAAGGCAGGAGGAAGGUAAGGCUAGAUUCGCUCCUUGGCUACCUUUGCAAAAUGAUUGACAGCUGGGCU